AAGGUAUCGUUAGGAGUCAUGUGCUACUAGUGGAAGUGGUUAGGUUAAAGUGAACGAGCCUCUUCCUGUGUGAGAGCUGGUGAUAAAGGAUGGGGACAGGCUAUUCAGCUGAGGCUGUAGGUAUUUUACAUUCCGUCCCAAAAAAAGAUUUGAACCAGGGACCAUGAAGUUUAAUUUACACAAACAGGCGAAUGCUUCCCUGAACUCUGGGAUUGACUUGAAGGAGGUGGUCAAGCUGCCCCCCGGGGAAGAUAUGAAUGACUGGAUCGCUGUUCACGUUGUGGAUUUCUUCAACAGAAUAAACUUAUUAUAUGGUACAGUGUGUGAAUAUUGCACAGAACAGACCUGCCCCACCAUGAGUGGUGGACCAAAAUAUGAAUACCAUUGGUGUGAUGGGCAGACAUACAAGAAGCCUACAGCAUUACCUGCCCCUAACUAUAUAGCAUUACUGAUGGAGUGGGUGGAGGCACAGAUUAAUGAUGAAAAUAUAUUCCCUGUUAAAGUGGGUGUGCCAUUUCCAAAGCCAUUUUUACCAACUGUAAAGAAAGUCUUGUCACGUCUGUUUCGAGUGUUUGUGCAUGUGUACAUCCACCAUUUUGACAAGCUGGUGUCACUAGGAGCUGAAGCUCAUGUGAACACAUGUUACAAACACUUCUAUUACUUUGUAACAGAGUAUAACCUUGUUGACAAAAAAGAAUUAGAACCUUUGAGAGAUAUGACAGCCAAGAUUUGCCACUGACCAAACGGAAGGAUAAAGCAGAUGCAGUUUCAUAGUGCAGAAUAUUGAACAGUGCAUAAGUUUACAAAAAUUGUAAAAAGUUCACAACACAUUUGA